AUGAUGGAGGCCACACCUACCCUCGCGGCACGCCCAAACGGGUUCUCCUCUCAGACUGACAUCUUCCGCCAGCAUAUUCCCUCGAGUGCCGCUGUGAAUGGUGCUGGGUACCCCGCGAAAACAUUCCGUCCCUUGCAGCCAAAUCUGAUGCAAGCUCACUAUGGGGCAACGUACCCAUUUGCCGCAGCUUACGGUACAUCUGUCACAGCCCCUCAGAUUCAAGAAACCGUUCCCGAUGUGUUGAAUGCUCCUGUGAAGCGGGCUGUUGAUUAUGUGACCUAUGAUCUGGUUACUGAAACCAACGGAAACACGCCGAAUGGUUCGACCACUUCGGCAUCGUUUCCGUCCGCGUCAAGUCGUGGAAAAUCUACCUCGCCAUCGACUGUCGUAAAUCUGGCGUCUCCUUCACUUCCUACAGAACCUAGUGGGGCAGGGGAGACCCUCGACUUCACAAGGUACCGCCCUCGAUCUUCCAUCCCGGCGCGUCUUCCCGGGCCUGUGUACGCCCAGCAGUGUGCGGCAGCCGCGUAUGCUUCAAGGCUCAACCCUUAUGCUCUCCAUCAGAAAGAGCAGGAAGCACUGCAAGAUCACCUAUGUCACCUUCAUGUUACCGUCUACCUCAACAUACGAAACGGGAUACUUCGGCUUUGGACCCGCAAUGCGAUGGUGAGUGUAACCAGAGAAGAGGCUUUUGGUUGCGCCAAGGACUAUCGUUGGAUGAACCUUGCUUCGUUCGCGUAUGAGUGGCUUGUGCGGAACGGAUACAUCAACUUUGGUUGUGUUGAAAUCCCUAUGCCCAUUAUCCCUGCCAAGAAGGGUCGCCGAAAAGAAGGACCGGUGGUUGUUGUCAUCGGUGCAGGAAUGGCAGGUUUGGGUUGUGCGAGACAGCUUGAAGGACUCUUCAGUCAUUACCGGGAUAAUGCUACAAACCCUCGUGUCGUUUUACUGGAAGGCAGACGCAGGAUCGGAGGGCGUAUAUAUUCACACCCACUACGAAGCCUCCAGUCGUCCACGUUACCUCCGGGACUGGUCCCCAAAGCAGAAAUGGGCGCUCAAAUUAUCGUCGGAUUCGAUCAUGGCAAUCCGUUGGACCACAUCGUUCGGAGCCAAUUGGCACUUUCAUACCAUCUGCUGCGCGACAUAUCCACGAUUUACGAUAUAGAUGGGUCCCCGGUGGACGAAGUGCGCGAUUCGACUUCUGAGAGCCUUUAUAAUGAUGUCUUAGAUCGCUCUGGGGCAUAUCGACACAAGUCUGUAAUCGUCCCAACUGCAGAAGGUGAUCGGGAGCUUAUGGCCUCGGGUCGCGAUAUAUCAACAAGUGAUGGGGUCACGGUGCGACAGUAUGAGGAAGCGAGAGCAGCCGGAACUAUUGGGCUGUUACUUCCGGCCAAACGUAUCCGCCGCGGCGUAGGUCAUAAAACGGCAGAUAUCAAACCUGUUGGGGUUCCCGUAGCAGAGCUUGAGCAGAUUGAAGAGAAUCCUGCCACGCUUGCAUGCCAGACCAUGGGAUGGAAGCUGAAUGACGGGGUGUCACUGAAUGAGACCAUAAACUUGGACCAAAUCGCCAAAGCCUCGAAGACUCAGACCUUGGGGAACGUAAUGGAUGAGGGUGUCAAACAAUAUCAACGCAUACUGCCUCUUACUCCAAAAGAUAUGCGGUUGCUCAACUGGCACUUUGCGAACCUUGAAUACGCAAACGCCACCAACAUUAACAACCUUAGCCUCUCUGGCUGGGAUCAGGAUAUGGGCAACGAGUUCGAGGGAGAGCACUCACAAGUCAUUGGAGGAUACCAGCAAGUUCCGUACGGACUCUGGUCAUAUCCAUACAAACUCGAUCUGCAGACUAACAAGAUCGUCACGCGCAUCACCUACGAUCCAGCCGGCUCCUCCAAGCAUAAAGCAAUAGUGCAUUGCGAAGAUGGAGACUCCAUCGUAGCCGACAAGGUUGUUUACACCGGGUCUUUGGGCACACUCAAGAGUCAGACUAUUCAGUUUUCCCCGCCACUCCCUGAAUGGAAACAAGGGGCAAUCAACCGGCUCGGCUUUGGUGUUAUGAACAAGGUCAUCCUCACAUUCAAGGAGCCGUUCUGGGACACGGAAAGAGACAUGUUUGGACUUCUGCGUGAGCCGAAGAACGGGGCAAGCAUGAUCCAAGAGGAAUACGCAGCCAACCGGGGUCGGUUCUACCUGUUCUGGAACUGCAUGAAAACGACGGGUCUGCCCGUUCUCAUCGCUCUCAUGGCUGGAGAUGCCGCCCACCAAGCAGAGCGUACACCUGACAGUGAGAUCAUAACCGAAGUCAUGAGCCAGCUCCGUAACGUGUUCAAGCACGCUGCUGUUCCUGACCCUCUGGAAACCAUCAUUACCCGCUGGGCAUCUGACAGAUUCACCAGAGGGAGCUAUUCUUAUGUAGCCGCGGAAGCACUCCCAGGAGAUUACGACCUGAUGGCCAAACCCAUUGGCAAUCUACACUUCGCCGGCGAAGCUACCUGCGGCACUCAUCCGGCCACCGUCCACGGUGCAUAUCUCUCUGGUCUCCGAGCCGCAUCCGAAAUUAUCGACUCGAUCCAGGGGCCCAUCACCAUACCCAAGCCUCUUGUCCCGGAAAAGAACAAAGCUGGCUUCUCCAACAGCAUCCCCAUCGACACUGCCACCCCAGAAGUCCAACCUUCCUCUCACGCUACACCUCAACAACAAGCCACACCACCCGCUCUUCAAGCCUCAGCCGCAAUCUCCACCUCGGAAGCCCGCGCCUUCUACGACCAGGCCAUGCUCGCUGCCGUCUAUGCAGAGACCGGCCCACCGAUACCGCGCCCUACUCGCACAGGCCUAAACCCUUUCCUCCUCUACCAGAAAGACACUUGGGCCCGAGCCCGCGCUCAGUGCGACCUCACGCAUCAAGCGCAAACUAACAAUCCCACCGCAAAAGCCCCACGCGAUGCCGUUCGAGCCGCACUAGGCCUCAUGUGGCGACAGGCGUCCGAGGACGAGAAACGGCCGUACCUCGAGCAGGCAGAGGUCAAUCGGCAGACGACCGCGGAGAUCGCGGCGAAGUGGAAGGCUGAUAAUGCGGAGUGGGAGAAGCGGUCGGCAAAGGUGAAGAAGAGGUGGAGGACCGAGAAUCCGUAUCAGGCGUGGUAUGAGAAGGAGUUUGCGGCGCCGCCGAGUAAGAAGGUGAAUCUGGGUACUGAUACGCAAUCGCAAGGUAUGACGUCGGCUAAGGCUGGUGUUACGCCCGCGGAGGCUACUCCUGCACACACGGUGGACUUGGACGGUAUGACUCUGCACACGGACACAUUGCCAUCGCCAUCAUCAUCACACACACACCCGCAGCAAAACGGCACAUUACCUUUUUCUAGCCCGCAAAACCAGAGCAAAACCCACUCGGGAUGA